GUGGCCGAAUCACGUACAGAGUGAUGAGGUCAUACGUGGAGUUAGCGGCGCGGGAGCAAGCGGGCUCUGGGGAAGUUUUGGGGCAGGCGGCUCUUGACACAAAGUAGUUAACUAAAUUUUCAGCGAGAUAUUAUUAGGUCAUGAAUAAUUUGCGAUUGUAACCAGCAUACGUCUUUAGGAGGCAGAAGUUAACCAGAUGAAUGUGGCUAUGGAAGCGGAGAACCAAAACGGGCUGUCCGUCUGAGAACAGCAGCAGUUCCUCCACUCUGGAUGUGGUACCUUCAGAAAACCACGAUGAGAGCCUGACCCACCACACCCCCCGCCACGGCACUGUUAUCCCCAAUCGGAUUUUUGUUGGGGGAAUUGACUACAGGGUUAAUGAGAGCGACCUGCGACAUGUCUUCUCUCAACAUGGUGCCGUCAAAGAGGUGAAGAUUGUGAUGGAUCGCUCAGGAAUGUCAAAGGGAUAUGGCUUUGUUACAUUUGAGACUCAAGACGAUGCACUGAAAGUCCUUCAUGAUGCUAAUGGCAUCUGUUUUAACGAUAAGAAGCUGAGCAUUGGUCAGGCUGUCCGCAAGCAGCAAGGUCCAGGACAAACUAAGAGUGUUUUUGUGACCAUGCCUGACUCUGCCAUACCUGUGCCAAUGUCCUGUGGGGCCCUGCACCUGACCACGUCUGCAGGCUAUCCCUACACCUACCACAACGGAGUGGCCUACUUCCACUGCCCCAACAUGAGCUCUCGUGCCCACCACUGGCCUCAACCUGCUCCUCCAGUGACGCUUCCUCAGUCCCUUCCGCCUGUCUACCAGCAACCAGCCUAUCACCACCACCAGUGUGCCCCAAACCAGUAUCAUUGGAAUGUGGUCCAGUCGCCGAUGCCCUCCAGUCCAGUCAUGUACCCCCAGCAGUCAGAAUAUAUGUACCAGCCUGCUGAUGGAGCCCCUUUCCAGCCUCCUCUGCCUGUCAUGGAGGACACCACACCAGAGUUUGUAGAGCCGACGACGGUGCAGCAGGUUUACCCAUUUUAUCCUCAGAGAACUGAAGGAUUGACGCCAAUUUUUCUGCAACAUAACCCUGGAAAGAAUCCAAUGUUUCUGCACUCGCGGGUCCAUCUGAAGCCAAAGUAUCGCCGCUACAUCCAUCACAAGGACCACCACUACCUGCCGGAAGCCACUGCGCCUCCAGACGCCUCUCAUGUAGGCUAAACCCACUGACUGCUGGGCAAGGGACGAAUCCCACCCACAGCACCUCAACCUCUCGUGUGAGUUUAGUUCCUUCUCUUCCUUCUCCUCGGAUCCAUCGGACAUACAAGCUAUCAACUGUUUGACCUGUGCUUUGCAACAUAAUGCUGUAUGUUUCAUGACGUGUUUUCAUGGCCCCUUUGCUGAGAGAUUGUCUGUUGCCACCAACUCAAGGAGUGCUCUCACCUUGUAAGACUCACAGCACUCAGAUCAGUUUCUGUAUUAAUGGUUUAAUACAGUUGGGUGAUUGAGGUUAACUCACUACAUUACAGUGGCUUACAAUACAUAACAGUAUUUACAGAGGCUGGGGUUAAUGUCUCCUCAAUUAACACAUAAACUUAGCAAUGAUUCAUGAGUGUACACUAAAUCAUUUAUUUUACUAGUUGUGAGAACACAAUAACUCUAAGAUGACUAAACAAUCCAUCUUAAAAUUUGAGACUCAAGAUUUACAGGUUUCCGAUUAUCGGGCCACAACAAAUGUCUAAGUUCUUCAGAUUUUGUGAUCCGUGACAUAGUUAGGAGAUGGCUACAGCAUCUCGAUGCAUUUUGCCAUCAAAUGCCAAGCUUGAAUUCUUUUGUUUUUUGUUGAUCCAACUCAAGUUUAGUUUUAAAACCUCUGAAAUGUACAAUAUUGAGAACAAAGUCGGUUUAAGCAAUUGCGUUUUAAAACCUGAUUUUAUUUUUUUGUCAAACAUAACCAGAACUCGGCUAACAAUCUGUGAGCAGUACAUUCAAGGCCAGAUCUAGUGUCUUUCCAAAUUGACUUGAGCGUAACUUGAACCCUUUUUCUUUUGUAAAACUACUUUGUUUUGCUUUUUUAGCGUCGUUGCAGCAUCAUAAGUCUCCUAGCUACAUGCAUACAGACACCAUGAUGUAGCUGAGCAUAUCAAAGAUGUAUUUUCUUGCUGUGUCCCUUUUCACCGUUAAUGUGCAGAGAAGCAAUGCUGUACAUCCUCUGCAUCAUUUGUUUAGCAGGAUAUGAAGAAGCAACGCAGAUUUUAUUUUGGUAUAGUAAUUUGAGUCACUUAGUCAAUCUUUACAAUAUUUGGAUGCUCUGAGUGAGCUGCUGCGUCUCAACGCGUCACCUCUGCUCAGCUUUAUCAGUGUUGGGACCUUUUGGCAUCCUCUGAUCCACAUAAACAUUAUUUUCUACUAUUUUUCAGUAUGAUGUGAAGAGAUUUGUCUUCUAUUGUUUUUAAACCAGCUCUAAUUAGUUUAAUAAUUUAGAAGCAGCAAUAGGCGGCUGUGUUGUUGAAAGAUUACAGAAGUAACAGCGACAUGACCAUUUUAAUGCGCACAGCGACCCAUUUAUAUCACAGAACAUGUAAGAACCAGUGUGCCUCGAGAGGAUUGGCGUAUUGCUUGCAAACUGCUUUCAAAGCUGGAAUUGACUUGUCAUUCUGUUAAACUGCACCUCCUAAGUAACAUCAGCAAAUUCAGUGGCCUCGCUCAAUAGUUUUAUUAAUAAUAAAGUAAUAAUAGAAAUACUUACUUCAGUAACAGUAAGUGAUUGGGAGAUUCUCUCAAAGGUGUGUUGUCAUUUUUCAGUGUAAAUUAGUUUCUUUUCUAGUUUUAUUAAAGUUCUAGAUUGUUCUAGAUUUGCAAGUUAUGUUGUUGAGUUAGCGGGUUUCCAAAUAUUAUAGCUUGUAUUACAUUUAAAUACUUUUUAUCCAUUUUAUUCCAUUUCCUGUUCGGUUUGAUAUAUUUUUGCUUUUAAUUUAGGUAAAAAUGUAGAUGUACAUUUUUCAGUGUGCUUUUCAUGCCAUUGCUAUUUCAGUUAUUGUAUUUUUUUAACUCAUUAUAUUUUGUCUUGGAUCAAACUUGGGUUUUGUCUGCUGUUUAAAGGUGAAACUGUAUAACCAGAAUAACCACAUCUAACCUAAUUUUGUGAUUUCUUUACAUUGUUUAAAAGAGAUAUGUGCAGUACUUAUUUAACUCUGUUGUUUUAACAACAUCAUUUUAAGUUCAGUGUGUUUCCAGUUCUUGAAUGGAAAUAAAUGCUUCCCUUGGUGUA